AUGGCUGUUGAGAGUGACAGUGCAGCUGCUUCCGAAGCAAGGGCUCCCGUUGUUGAAGUCGAGGCUCAAGCUGAAGUUAAAAAGGAGCCGGUGUUGGCACCGGCUCCUUUGCCAACUAAAUCGCCAUGGAAAGCGGUAUCGGCUGACAUCCCGGUGUCUAGCAUCUCGAUGGAGUCGUUAGAAUCGGGGAAGAAGAAGAAGAAAAACAAAGCUGGCACUCCUACUAUCAGUUCUUCGACGAAGUGGGUUCCAAUGAAGGCGUCAAUCGUGGUUUCGAGCCCUAAGAAGGCGGGAAAUGGCGCCAGAAAGGGCAACAACAAAACCACCAGUGCUGCGGGCUCCAAGAAGAAGAAGCAACAGUCGCAGCAACCUGCCAGAAGACACUCACCCAGGUCGUCCGGCGGCGAUGAGGAGGCGAAAGAUGAGUCGUCGAGGCACAAGGAAGGUGAAGAGCAAAGCAUCGCAGACUCCAAGGCAGACGUUCAAAGCGAAUACUCUACGGUCGGUGAACUGCAACCGACCGCUGGGCAAGGUGGGCGUCCAGCAUAUCAAAGGAGAAAACACAACCACAGCAAUCAAUUCCAGCAUUCUGCUCAUCAGCAAAACGGGUUUCAGAGAAGAAGAUACCACAGCAAUUACAACAAUAACGACCUCUCCAGACAGCAGCGCUAUAUGCACUCGAAAGCCAUGUCCCCCUAUCAGGGACGGGUACCUCGUCCUCUGGGACACGAUCCCCAUCUAAUAAAUGGCCACAUGCAGAAAGCUCCGUAUAUGGUCCCCAUGUAUCAACAGUUCUACUCGAUGCAACCUAUUCUGAUGGCUGUCAACAGCAUUGCAAGACAGAUUGAAUAUUAUUUCAGCCCAGAAAACUUAGCUAACGACAAGUACCUAAGAUCCAAACUAUCGAAAGAGGGUUAUGCUCCACUGUCAUUGGUCGCUAGGUUUUACAGAAUUGUGAACAUGUCGUUCGGUGGGGACCCCAGCUUGAUCCUUGCCGCUUUGAGGGAGAUCGUAUUUAACCAAAACAGCACUGUCGACGUCUGCUACGGUACGAUUGAAAAUGCCGAUGACGCUGGCUCAAAACAAGAAGAUCAUGCCAUUUUGGCAAAUUAUUUUGUCCGUUCGAAACAAUGGGAAGCACUACUGCCAGAAGAAUAUUCAACUGUCAUCAAGAUAGAGAAAAUUUUGGAAAACGACGCUCUAGAUGAGUUCAUGAUCAGCGCCGCAUCCAUGCAGGAAAAAGCCCCCAUCGCUGAGCCACAGGAAUCGCUUCCAGUGGGUGCUAUACCUGAAAAGUCAGAGGAAGAAUCGGAACCAACGAGCAGUGCUGGAGAUCCCCAGGUAGAGGCUCAGUAA